AUGCUCUCUCUCUCUCGCCGGCGUGUCGUCCCGGUGUCCAUCCGCUGCUAUGCUACCAAGACCUCGGUAACCCCAAAGAAAAAGAGCAAAAAGCCGGCGCUCUCCCUUCUGAAGCCUUCUUCGAGCCGGCUGGCACCCCCUGCACCAGAUGCAGACCUCAAGACGAGAUUAAUUCUGGCAGCUCACAAGAACUGGCAAAAGACACAAACACGGGAUAAUCCGCCUAUAGAUGAGACGGGAAUGACGGAGGAAGAGGUGCAGGUUGCACACGUGGAACGGAUUCUGCGAGAGCGCAAGCUUUUGAAGGAACAAGGGCGAGCAGUUCCCGACAUUACCCUUCCCUUGCUAGACCACAUGCUGCCCUACGCUGUGAACUUCAAGACCUAUUCUGAAUACCCGACAUGGCGCGACAUGUACGACCAGUUCAUGUUGAACAGGUUGAAUGACGGGAAGAACGCCUUUUCGCAAGUCUGUAUGCGACACAUUGGUCUAGCUGAUUCAUUCCCCGGCGUGUCAAUCGAUCCUCACAUGAGCUGGUACAAGUCUUGGUUCACCUUUGUGAAGCAUAGCCUUCGGGCGCGGUCCGUCAAGUCGAACGCAUGGGUUGCACCGAUGCGACAAGAGUUUUUGGACUGCUACAUCAAGCUGAACAAGGCCCUGAUGCAUAAAUCCUCGCGACUGGAAGAGCUGGCAAUGGAAUCAUACCUCGACGAAGCCCUUUCUCUCACUCAGCAGCGCGACCCCCAGCACCUCUACAUCUGGCGGUUCCACCGUGAGGUCUCGCCCACGCGAAUCUUGUCUCUGCGGGCCAGCGAUGGUCAUUUCGGCAAGGAGGCGCCGAAGACUGGAACGCGUGUCGGUGUGCAAGCACUCGUGCGCUUUGACACAGAGCAGAGUGUGGAGAUAUACGAUCGCAAGGGCACUCCGCUGCACGAGCCGGCCGUCGGCGCCGAGCCCAUGGCACCUGAGCCCGGCAGGUCGCUGACGAUAGUCCCUGCCAUUCCAAAAAGGGUUACUGAAUAUUUGGUGCUCGACAACCCCAUGUACCUCGAGGGAUCACGGUGGAGGUUCAGGGCCCGGCUGGAGCCUUUACCAGGGCGUACAGUUGCUGCGUAAUCAUAGAAGGAGCUUGUUAUAAUGCCGACCUCGUAAUAGUGACGACCAUUCACCUGCUCAGUGGAAAUAUCAAAAAUGUGAAUGAUCAGGGCCGAUGAUGAGUUCUAGCUGUGCUGCAAGAACAAAAAAUGAUUCGACCCAGAAGUGAUAACCAACUACACCAUCGAACCGAUGUUCGAAAUGCACGUAAAAGUGAUAUGUCCAAUGGUACUGAUAGAACAU